UUCUCAGUAAAUAUUUUUUGAAAUGCCACUCUUUUCCAGCUUCAAAAGAUCGAAGGCGCCGGUCGCCCCCCAAAACAUCGAUAAAACUAAACAACAGGCCCUAUCUGCGAAGCACUCAGGGACGGAUUCUUACAACAAGCCUCCAGCAAGACUGCAGCGGAAGCUGGAAUUUCCCCGAACAUAUCGCAACAUAGACUCUGACAAGAAAGAAAUCAGAUUACUUAGGCUUUUCCCGGCAAAAAACGAAGACGAUCCAUUGCAAUGCACAACUCAGGUCAUAUGUCUCCAAUCAAGAAAGAUCCCCGCCUACGAAACGAUCUCGUACUGUUGGGGCAAGGAUCCAGGCGAAGGAUGGAUGCAGAUCGAUGGGAUUAGAGAGCUGGUUCCAGGCAGUGCAGAAAGGGUGCUUCGGCGCAUGCGAUCCCAAACGCAAGAACGCCUGCUAUGGAUAGAUGCAAUAUCCAUCAACCAAUGCAACACAGCCGAAAAAGGGGACCAGGUCGCGUUCAUGUGUGAUAUUUACCAGCGAGGCGAUCACAACCUCAUCUGGCUAACGCCUCCCGACAAGUACAAGUACACGCCCACAGAGGCAAGAUCCAUUUUGAACUCGCUCCAGGCAGUGAAGACGAAUAUCAAAAGAGCCACUGGAGGAAAAUUCAGAUCGCUGAUGAAUAAUCCUGCUGGAACUGAAACGCAGAAUGGUCGACUGUUGGAUGCUUCUAUCGAUUUAAAGUCCCUGCAGUUGCUUUUCCAGAGCGAGUGGUUCCGACGACUGUGGGUUGCCCAGGAGGCCGCACUCUCGCAACAAAGUACCUGUCAUUUUGGACCAUGCAAGUUUCCGCUGUCGGAUAUCCUCGAUGCAGCUGCCUGGCUCCUCUACAACGGUCUUAUGCUGCCGCCACCGAUGAGGAAACAACGAGGCCUAUGGGCGGCGCGGUCGAUGUGGUAUAUCUUGGAUCGAAGGAACAACCCUGAUACAGAUCUAUUCAUGGCGUAUGUUUUGACGCAGAACUUUGAAGCAACCGAAGCAAGAGACCAUGUAUAUGCAUUGAUGGGCUUGUUCAAGGACCAGCAACCGCAUCUUCGUCUUCGUGGCCUGCUCUUAAGGCCGAAGUAUACCAAGCCGCUUCCGGAGGUGUUUCGCGACGCAACACGGGCUUGUGUCGAGGACAGCCGUAACCUGCAAGCUCUGCAGUUUGUAGAGCCCUCCAAGGUCCCGGCUGGCUACCCUUCAUGGACCCUGCUCUUUGACGCCGGACUCUCUGGACGUGACGCUGAUCCAAUUUGCAAGCUGGGAAAUGGCUUCCGCGCGGACGGCAACGCCACCUGUUAUGUUAUGUUUGACGAACCGGACACGCUAAAGGCGAGAGGUGCUGAUAUCGAUGGCAUCGAAGAAUACUCACCAACUUUCUCUUCAGCAAAAUCGUGGACGAACGGCGACCAUGCUAAGCUUAUGGGCCAGGUUGGCUCAAUGAUACGAAAAAGAAGGCCAGGGAAGGAUUGGAUCAACGAGCUGGGUCUUGUUCUUGUCGCCGGUCACAACACCUCAAGAGAUCGUACUGUCGUGGACGACUUUGCCGCAUUCCUGAGGUACUCAAAGCAGUAUCCGACUCAACGACUUGCGGUACCAGAAGGUCAGCAACAUGAUGAGAAAAAUCGCGCCGGUCGCUGGUAUUCCAGAUUUGAGCAGACCAUGUAUGGCCGCAAAUUCUUCAUGACAAGAGGUGGACUUGCUGGGAUUGGACCUCCGAAUAUGAAGUCCGGAGAUCGAAUCGUUGUUCUCUGUGGAGGAUCUGUGCCCUUUGUGAUGCGCUCAACUGGGCGGAAGCGAGAAUACGUGCUGAUAGGGGUUUGCUAUGUUUUCGGACUUAUGCAAGGGGAGUUUAAGGACUAUUUUGUCGCCGAAUGGAUGAGCGUUAGAUAGAAUAGCACUGCACUUCGGUUCUUUCUCGACUGAAUGGAAAAUGGGCGACCGACCAUUCCCAGGCGUACACGUAAGCAUUGUGGAAUUUGCUGCUGCGGCGGAGAAGCAGCGAUGCUCACCGUCUGUCCUCAAGCAGCAAUCGUGCCGUGGGCUACAACAGCGAGUGGCGUAGUGAUUCACUGAUGUCGACAUGGGAAUCGUGCCGCUAUCACACUGUGUCUGAGAUGUCGCAUGGACCUUUGGCACGUUGCCGGGGAUGUUCUGUACUCUGGUCUCUGUAAGCGCUGG